UUGAAUCCGCGAGUUGCGUCAAUUGCCGCGAAGAGGGACACCCAGCGAAAUUAUCGCUCAUGUUCCAAAGCGCCGCGAAGGAAGCAGCGCGGAAGUAGAAGCCGCCCCGGAUGUGUGGGUCAAGCCAGUGUGCCUCGCUCUAGGCUACCUACUCCCAAACUCACACCAUCCAAGGUGCCCACUUCCUCGCCUCAAAUCGCCACCAAAGCCGCCCCAGUCACCGGGGCGGCCGAUCAAGGUGCUAACCCUCUCUCGCCUUCUGUGUCAAAACGCCUGGGUGAAACCGCCGGCAGUUGUCGCCUCACGACCAGUGCCGCCUCCCCGGCCCCCAAAACUGAUGCCCAUCCCACAAGGCUCAUCUUCUCGCUAGUCGGCGGCUUCAUCAGCAACGUCAACAUUGCUGAGUUAUCCUCCUUGGCCCGAAAACUCCGCGUAGCCACUUCACCUCAGGACAAGCUCAACGCUACGAUUAACUCUUACUUCUUGACUAUAUUAAUUAACCGAAUUCCAAAAUCGAAAUUGUACUAUAUUUGA